AGGUCACAGGCUCUGCCUUCGGCCUGCGAGGCAGCUGGCCACGCUCGUCGUCCACAGAGUAUAGGAGCUCGCUGUCGCUUGCCACGAUGUGGCGCGUAGCGCUACUGGCGCUUCCGGCGCUCGUCGGGGCCGAUUGGCUGGCCAAAGCCGAGUCUGCGCUAGCCGCAGCCAAGCCGCGCGGCGCGCCCGAGACGACCGCCGCGACGGCCACGGCGCCGAACUGGCUCCUCGGCGCGCGCGAGGCGGCGACGCGCCGCCUCGACCAGACCGUCGACUACGACGCGGCGUGCCUGACGGCGUUCGGCCAGUGCGAGGCCGACCUGUCAAGCAGUGGCUGCGCGCCCUGCAUCCUGUCACUAGUCACGGAGGAGAACGACGACGAUAUUGAUUUACCGGACGACGCCGAGGACUGGGGAUGCGAACAAAUAGUAACGUUCAUGAAGAGCCGGGACUUCUGUCCUCAUAUAGAUCCUGCAUCUCAUUCCGCAACUCUAUUAUGUAGCGUCUGGGCGUCGUGCGCCCAGGCCGUUGACACGGACGGCACGCCCGCGCCCGCCGCGGUCCCGAAGGAGUGCUCCUCCACCAGUUGUGACGUCCCGCACCCGGCGUGGGUCGGAGAUGGGAGAUGCGACCGGGACGGGUGCUACAAUACCGCGGCGUGUAAUUGGGACGGCGGCGACUGCUGCAAGGCGACGUGCGAAGGUGAGUGUAACUCGCCGUACAAUUGCCGGGAUCCGCAAGCGCAGGGUUGUGGGGUCAGGCAGAAGGGGUCGAUAAGUGUAGCGAACCCCCACGACACUACAUGGGACUACGCUCUGUACUCGGUCAUCGCGGGUUCUUACUCCGAGGUCACGACGGGCACCGUAGCGCCAGGAGCGGCAAUGAAUGAAGACCCGGUCGACGUCUGUUUAGCGGACGGCUGCUACGUGUUUGAAGCGCAUUCGGAUGCCAAGUUCGAGGGGCAAGGUAGUUGGGUGGUCGAGGCCGCGGAUUCAGCUGGGAGGUUGCAGCAGGUCUCUUCCGGUAUAUCGCCGGCGGUGUGCUCCUUUUCUAUUGGGGAAUCGGCGUACUGCCCGAACCAGUGCGCCGCGAGGGACACGGGCUGCCACGACCACGCCUACGUCAUGGAAUUGUUCGACGCGGGCUUCAACGGCUGGGGUUUCGUAGAUUAUUCGGUCCACAAGCACGACAUCAAUGGCCACCGAGGCGAGCAGAUUCAAACAGGUACCCUAAGUGCUGGACACUUCGGCGUCGAUGACGUUUGUAUCCGGGAUCCCGGAUGUUAUUCGGUAACCUUAGCCUGGGGCUGGUGGGCUGAAGAAGUUUCUUGGACGUUAGGUGCCAAGGGCGUCGGCCCGGUAGCUACCGGAGGCGCCCCCGCCCAGUGCGACUUCAGUGUUGGCGGCGACUACUGCCCGGCGACGUGUGCGUCCACGCAAAUCACGGGCUGCGAGGACGGUAAACUACCGUACGAGCUCGAGCUUUAUGACGACGAGGGCGACGGCUGGUCUGGCGCGCAAUACACGAUCUCGGACAAGGACGACAAAGAAAUCACAUCCGGUACAUUGUUAGGAGGCUUCCAGGGCGAGGACGACCUUUGUCUGGCUGAAGGUUGUUACGCGUUCAAAUUUACACCGUCGGGGGCCAACGCGAAGCCCGCGUGGGCCCUCGGCGACCCGACUGAAGGAGGUGUUAUUUUUAGUGGCGCCCACGAGGCGGACUGCGCCUUCGCGGUGGGUGGUGCGCAGUGCCCCACUGGAGGAUUGGCCAAGCAACAGUGCGGCCUCGAAGGCAAAGUGACACCACCCCCUACCGCAAAGUUCACCUGUCCCGCGAACCAAGCUCUGUUGGUAUUACGCCUGACCGACUCCUGGGGCGACGGCUGGAACGGCGCCGACAUUUCCGUAGUGAAGGAUGGCAACGUCCUCGCGACGGAUACGUUACAAGACGGGGCCUACAAGGAGUACAACCACUGCCUGGCGCCGGGCUGCUACUCUAUCACCACUACGAGUGGAGAAUGGCGGGAAGAGGUCACGUGGCAGGCCAUCGAGCAGAUGCCCGAUAUGAGUAUCAGAGCUUUGAAUUCCGGCGCGGCGCCGGAGACCUGCGGCAUCGAGCUUGUUGGUUCCGGUUCCUCUACGAACACGUGCGACGCCGGCUGUAGUACGUUACAAGCGGCCCAGGACGACUGGACCGACCAGGGCGACGACGCCUUUUGGAACGGUGGUGAUGAUCAAACAACUUACUACUACGCGUAUGACGAGUUAGGUGACGACAAGCUCCCGACGCGGUGCACGGGAAAUAAACAGUGCAGCGUGAACGAGAACUUCGAGGGCUGGCAGGCCGCGUCGAGCGUCAUGACGUGCCUCGACCAGGCGGUGCCGAUGCGGGCUGCCGACGACCCCUUCGAGCCGGACUUGUGGCAAAGUCGUCCUGCGUUGUGUCUCGGGACCUACGACUGGAAGGAAUUGGACCAAUUCGAGGAGUGCGCGCAGGAGUUGGCUGCGACGGAAAGUACUCUACAACAAAAAGAUACGAAGGCCAAGGAGUGCAUGACCAUCCUGGCGGCGGCCGUGCCCGAUGAAUCCGAAGGGAAAGAAAGCGAGGACGAACUGGUGAAGCGGCUAGCGACUCUAGUCUAUUAUGACGGCGACGCGGGCUUCUGCGACUGUGCUACUGAUGAAUUGUCCAUUCCUCAUUGUGCUGAUUUCGACGACUUCCGGUCGGUGGUGCGGGAGGCGCACGAGGCCUGCGACGCCCUGGAUCAGAUCGACUGCGCCUACCUCGGAGCGUAUGCUGAUGCUUGUCGCACGGCCGUGGUCGCGCAAUUUGGCGUGCUGGACUUCUCUCGGGAGGAGCAGUGCGCCUACGUCGACCGAGAGGGUUGUGGUGGCCUGCCGAUUCCGUCGGUAAGAAGGUGGGACUGUUUACUAGAUACAAACUACGAGCUCACUGACUCGCAAAGAUCUCUAGUCACGGACGUCAUUUCCAAGUGCGGCGGUAGUGGUAGUGAUGAUGUCACUCCCAAGUCUGGGGGUAGGGAGCCGUCUACUGAUGAUGCUCAGCCGGUGGCGCCCUCGUCCAAGCAUGAUGAUGACGACGACUCAGGGACAUCGUCGUCGGCCGCGACGGCCUUGAUCGUCGUCGCCUGCCUCGCGUCGGCGGCCGUCGGCCUCGCUUUAUUGUACGUCUUCUGGACGAAGCGCCGCGGCGGCUUCCAGAACCUGCGGACGGCCUUCGCGCCGCUGCCCGGGACGCCGUCGGCGUUCGACAGUCCCUUCGGCGGCACGGCCUGGUCGCAGCCGGAGACGCCCGGUGUAUCUAACGCGCCGCCGUCCUUCGAGGACCACGUGGCGAACCCGAUGCGUGGCGGCUACGAGGCGCCGGGUAUCGAGGAUCCCGAGGGCGUCUAGGUCAUCCUCUCUUCCCUUCUCCCCCUGUGUAACUAUAUAAAUAUGACUCGGUAUUUGUGCCGUCCGGGGCGCGGCUUCAGGGCUCCCGCGCGUUAGGAUCCCAUCCGGGCCGUAACACACUAGCAAGCCGGCAAAACCGGGCUUGUCAACAACUCUGCGAAUGCUGGCCGCGAGACCGCUCGGACGCGCGUUCACGCUCUCACGGGCGGCUCAAACAGAGACAAUGGCUACACGAGAACAGCUCGGUUACAGCUGAGUCAUCUCAAAAAUCGAAAACUCUGUAGGAAACACCUUGCACUGCAGCUUGCAAG